AUGAGCCUCUCCAAGCUCACGAAGAAGACCCUAACAGUCGCCCGCGGCUUCACGUACACAUACUACGUCUCCCCCGCCCGCGACUCCAAACCCUCAAUCAUCCUCCUCCACGGCUGGCCCGACUCAGCACGUCUCUGGUCCGGCCUCAUAAACGACUACCUCCUCCCCCAUGGCUACGGCAUAAUAGCCCCAGACUGCCUCGGCUACGGCGAAACUUCCAAGCCCACCGACCCCAAAUUCUACUCGUGGCGUGACAUGGCCACAGAUGCCAUCGAAAUCCUCGAUGCAGAGCAACUACCCUCCGUGAUCGCCAUCGGCCAUGACUGGGGCAGUACUUUAUCCACACGACUCUACAAUUUCCACCCCACGCGCAUACUAGGCGUGAUAACGAUCAAUGUCGCCUACUUACCACCAAUUGGACAAUUCAAUCUAGACGCUAUGAACGACAUGACCCGCCAACAAUACGGCUACGGACUCCUGGAAUACUGGCACCUGUUCACCUCGGACGAUGGCAUCAAACUUAUGAACCAGAAUCUCGAAUCAGUGUAUUGCAUGGCGUUCGGCGAUCCACGGACCUGGCUCGAAACGAUGACCGCGCCGGGCGGUGCUGCCAAGUUCGUUGGUGAGGGGCGAAUCCAGCCUACGCUGCCUUUUGCGACAUCCGAGCAUAAGAAGAAUUUUAUGGAUCAGCUUCGUAAGGAGGGCGGCUUUGCGGCUCCGAGUUGUUGGUAUAAGGCUUUUGCGUUUGGGGUGCAGGAUGAUGCGGAUCGGCUGGUGCCGGAAGAGAAUAAGCUUAUUAGGGUACCUGUUUUGUAUUGGGGUGGGGAGGGGGAUGUUGUGGGCAGACCUGAUCGAUUGCAGUUACCUCUUGAUAUGGGGUUGUUGCCGGACGUUAAGAGUAUUACGAGGGAUGGGGGGCAUUGGGCGUUGCUUGAACAGCCGGGUGUGUUUGGGGAGGAUCUUUUGGGUUGGUUACAAGAGAGGUUUGCUUAG